CCUGCCGUCGUCCCUACCGGACACUAAAACUACGUACCGGUAGUCAAUCUAGUCUAGUGCAGCUCCAAUAAUGCCUUGGCUUUCAUCCCACUACAGCAUUCUCUGGCUGCACUACACUCAACUCAUCCUUUGGCCCAAAUGCUCAUUGUCCGCACGCACUGACUGUGUGCUGUACUACUCGUACUCUGCCGUAAGUGGGUAUGAGUAUCGAACUACGAUCGUCAACCAGAUGAGCUCAAGCCGAUCGGGUCCUAGAGUGGAGAGAAUCUUAGCCCAGAAUUGCUCGGAUCUACAUUAUUGUUCGUUUGUCCCGGUUUCUAACCACAGAGUAAAUUCAUGAUAAGAGGCCACCAGCUGAAUGUUGUCCCUUUCAACGCCUAUCCCAAGUGUCCCAGUUCUUUCAAUCCCAUCAUAGUUCUUAUUCCGCAUAGUUGCAAUCGCAGGACUGUUCAUGCAAAUGGAGAAAACCGCAACCAAAC